CAUAACUCAGUUAGCCUCUCCAGGUGCAAGGUUUGAAAAUGAAGAUCCUUUUUUCACUGACCUAUCUGAUUUUUAUUAGUUCUCUAGGUUGGACAAUAGAUAGGUACUAUUACAUAGGCAUUGAAGAAACUACUUGGAACUAUGCUCCUACUGGUAAAAACAUGCUCAAUGGAGUGCCUUUUUCGGACGAUCAAGAGUUUCAAUCUGAAACAUAUCUCCAACCAAGCCGAGAUAGGAUAGGAUCUGUUUAUAAAAAGGCUUUGUAUUUUGGGUACACGGAUGAUACAUUUCAAACCACCACUGAAAAACCAUCCUGGUUGGGAUUUUUAGGUCCAAUCAUAAAAGCAGAGACUGGAGACCUCAUUCAUGUACAUGUGAAAAAUAAUGCUUCCAGAAUGUACAGUUUCCAUCCUCAUGGACUCAGCUACACUAAAGAUAAUGAAGGCGCUCUCUAUCCAGACAACACUGUGGGCCUGCAAAAGGAAGACGACCGUCUAGAGCCAGGGGCAGAAUACACUUACACGUGGUUUGUAGAAGAAAAUCAGGGGCCUGGUCCCAAUGACAGUAACUGCGUAACACGGAUGUACCACUCCCAUGUAGACACUCUAAGAGAUGUGUCUUCAGGACUUCUCGGACCAAUUCUGACUUGUAAAAGAGGAACCCUGGAUGGAGAUAUGGAAAAAUAUAUCGAUGAGUAUUUCAUUCUGGUGUUUUCUAUAACUGAUGAAAAACAUAGCUGGUAUAUCGAUGACAACAUUCGUACAUACACUGAAGCUGGUCAAGUUAAUGCUAAUGAUCCUGACUUCGAGGAGAGCAAUGUCAUGCGCUCAAUAAAUGGAUACUUGUAUGCAAAUCUACCUGAUCUCACCAUGUGUGCAGAAGACAGGGUCAUGUGGUAUUUCAUCAGCAUGGGUAGCCUGUUGGACGUACACCCCAUCUACUUCCAUGGACAAACUCUGAUAUCUCAGAAUCAUAGAAAAGACACCAUUACCAUCUUCCCUGCCUCCAUGCGUGAUGCCUUCAUGGUGGCCAAAAGUGUUGGAGAGUGGCUGCUGGACUGUCGGAUACACGAGAGUAUGCAGGCUUUCUUCAAUGUAAGAGAUUGCCAAAAAUCUCCAGCAGAUGUUACGGGGACACAAGUUGUUCAUUAUUACAUUGCUGCUAAAGAAAUUUUUUGGGACUAUGCGCCAUCUGGCAUAGAUUUCUUCAGUGGAAAUAGUUUAACAGAAGCUGGAAGUGAAUCCCACUUCUAUUUUGAACAAGGCCCAACCAGAAUCGGAGGAACUUACAAAAAACUAGUUUACUUUGAAUACACAGAUGCUUCCUUCCAAACUCAGAAGGCAAAAGCAACACACCUUGGACUCCUUGGCCCUGUCAUUAAGGCAGAAGUGGGGCAGAUCAUCCAGGUCACUUUCUACAACAAUGCUUCCCGGCCGCUCAGCAUUCAUCCCCAUGGAUUGCUUUACAACAAGAACAACGAGGGCUCCUUCUACAGAACACCGGGAGGAGGUACCCCGUCGCCCUCCUCAUAUGUAAAUCCUGGUGCAACAUUCGUUUAUACAUGGGAAGUUCCAACAGAUGUGGGACCCACUUCCACAGACCCCAACUGCCUGACCUGGUCAUACUUCUCCUCAGUAGAUUUUAAAACAGACAUCAACAGUGGCCUUAUAGGGCCUCUUCUUGUGUGCAGAAAUGGAAGUCUUGGAGAGGAUGGCAAACAGAAAGGAAUAGACAAAGAAUUUUACCUACUUGCCACAAUAUUUGAUGAAAAUCGAAGUUAUCUCUUAGAUAAAAAUAUCAGGAUAUUUACCACAGAGCCUGAAAAUGUGGAUACAGAGGAUCCAAACUUCCAAGAGUCUAACAAGAUGUAUUCGAUAAAUGGAUACAUGUAUGGAAAUCUGCCUGGACUAGAUAUGUGCUUAGGAGACAAUGUUUCAUGGCAUGUUCUUAGUGUGGGAUCAAGUCAAGACUUACAUGGGAUAUAUUUUUCAGGAAAUACCUUCACUUCCUUAGGAUCAAGGGAUGACACCAUAGUUGUGAAUCCCCAUAUCUCCCAGACACUUCUUAUGACCCCUGAUUCCACAGGCAUUUUUGAUGUGGUUUGUAUGACCUCAGAGCACUAUAUUGGAGGCAUGAAACAUAAAUACCAAGUGAGGAAGUGUUCAGAGCCAAACCCAGAUCAAACACAGUACCAGGAGGCGAAGGUUAUUUAUAUCGCAGCUGAGGAAAUUGUGUGGGAUUAUUCUCCUAGCAGGGAGUGGGAGAGAGAACUGCAUCGUCUCCAAGGACAUAACGAAACAAACAUGUACUUGGAUAGAGUUGAGACAUAUCUUGGGUCCAAAUACAAGAAGGUUGUAUACCGCCAAUAUGAUGACAUCACAUUCACAAAUCAAACAGUACGAAAUGAAGAUGAAAUACAUCUGGAUAUACUAGGUCCUAUAAUAUUUCUCAGCCCUGGUGAGAAAAUCUAUGUUGUCUUUAAAAAUAAAGCCUCAAGACCAUAUUCUAUUCAUGCUCAUGGAGUGAAAACAGACAACCCCACUGUUGCUGCAACACAGCCAGGAGAGAUCCAAACAUACGUUUGGCAGGUUCCUGAAAGAUCUGGUCCUACCUCAAAUGACUUUGAGUGCAUACCUUGGUUUUACUAUUCGACCGUGGACAUAGUUAAGGAUCUUAAUAGUGGACUGGUAGGUCCUUUGAUUGUAUGUCGAAAAGAUACCAAAGAAAACAUAGUUCACCGUGUUCUCUUCUUCCUGACUUUUGAUGAGAAUGAAUCCUGGUACAUUGAAGAAAACAUCAAUACCUAUGCUCAAGAUCCAAACCAAGUAGACAGGAAUGAUAUUACUUUUAAACGAAGCAACAGCAUGCAUGCAAUUAAUGGAAGAAUGUUUGCAAAUAACCAAGGCCUGGUAUUUCACGUGGGGAGUGAAGUGAAUUGGUAUCUGAUUGGCAUAGGGGAUGAGUCUGGCCUGCACACAGUUCACUUUCACGGCCACAGCUUUGUCUUCACGGGGAGAAAUUGGCCAUUAAGCCCUCAGCCUUCAGGCUCAACCCCAGAGAGCAGAGAUGUGGCUCCUCUCUUUCCUGAAACUGACAUGGGAGCGUUUCGCUCUGAUGUGUAUGACCUUCCUCCUGGGAGCUAUCAAACUGUAAAAAUGUAUCCAAAAGAUGUUGGAAUAUGGUUAUUUCAUUGCCAUGUCAACGUUCACAUCGGGGCAGGAAUGGAAAGCGUUUACACUGUAAUCGAGUGAAAAGGUGGUGAAAUUCUGAGUGAGGUUUAUUUUCUUCUUGUAUGCUUCUGCUUCUGCUGAGGUUACUUUUAAAAUCAGGAACACUAUUGAACAUAUAUGUCAUACACUAUUUAAAAUAUGCUGUGCCACUCUUGAGUUCUGUGGGAUCCUCUUUGAAUUUAAGGACCACAUUUCUUACAAAACCAAAGAUGUAUUAGCUCCAAAUAUAAUUUUUACCUACAAUAAAAUAUUAACAUCAAGAAUAAUAUUAUUAACACAGUAAUAGUAAUUAUUACUCUUAUUCCUGUAAUCAUUCAUAUUCAUUCUUUUUUAGUUGAAGUAUUGUUGAUUUACAAUGUUGUGGUAGUUUCAGGUA